GCGCUUGAACUUUAUCAAAGUCAAAUUAAAUAUGCUAUGUCUUCUUCACCAUCAAGUUUUCUCCCUAGCAGCCUCUUUCUGAAGUUUCCAGAACUUGAUUCAUCUAAUUAUAAAGCUACCAUUGACUGGGAACCUUCUGUACUUGAUAAGCACACAAAGACCGAAUCAAUUGAAUAUACUAUUAUGCAGCUAAAGGAAUUACUUGUCCAUGCUAUUGUUGUUAAUCAAGACAAUAGCUGGAUUUUUAUUUCACAACUGGAAGUAUAUUACAAAGACAAAACCGUUGAUGCCAUUGCAUUUACUACAAAGCAUGACAUAUAUUCAAAUGAUCUGGUCAUAAAGAUGGAUAGACAGACAAAUGAAGGUGGAGGCAGCUGGUACGAGUUACAAAUUAAAUUUAAUAAGUUCGAGGUCGUUGUGACUGGUGGCUUCAGUCAUAACGAUAAUGAUGAUUCAAAACUGGUUCCUUUUCUUGGUGUUGGUGUUCCUGCUUCCUUGGCCCGGAACGAACACUUCAUCCUUUUUUCGCCCGUUGAAGCUGCUAAAACAAUGUCAUGUACUCGCAUGCUCCGUGACUAUCAACGGAAGCAGAGCUUAAAUAAAUGGUGCUUCAAGUCCGUAUACUUUGUGAAUAAACAUUUUCACACACCAUUACCUUUAGAGUUGCACCUCGAUUUUGACGGAUAUGUAUCUAUUGCGUCAAAGUUUCUUUAUUUGACAGCAACUCAGGCGAUUUCGAUGGAGGAAGUGGUUUCUUUGAGGAGGUCCUUAUACUUACUGCAAUAUUGGAAAGAUUUAGGAUUUGAAAAGGCCCCCACCUCAGAGCAAAUUAUUUCUAAAAUCGAAGAAAACAGGGCUACAAAAAAAUGUAAAAAACUGUCUGAAUCAAAAUGUACUUUAAUUGAAUGUUUGCUUUCGUAUCAAGAUGGGCAGUUGUUGAGAAAGACAGAUUUAAGAACCAUCUUUAAAGGAUUGUUGUAUCCUAGAGUUAAAAGCAUAAAUAGACAAAGAGUUAAGAUGAUUACUGCCCACCCAUAGAACUGAUUUCUAGUUUUAGGAGUUUUAAUUUGAGAGAUGUUAAGAAAUCAAGCAAGUACUUUGAAAAUCUGUAUACCUUUUUAUUAUCGAAGAUUUUUUUUUUAAAUAAUAACAAAGUUUUCUGUGUAUAUCUAAAAUGGGAUAGGGGAGUGUGAGUAAUAGUCAAAGUAAUAUCUACAAUAUUAAAUAUCUUUGAUCAAUCAAGAAAUAAUUCACGCAGAACUACUACCCAGUGAAUUAAUA